AUCACGCACGCUCGCCGCGCGGGCCAGUCGGCACGCAGUCCGUCUCGCGCAGUGGGUGCGCGCAGGCGUGCGCUUACUCCGCGCACGUUGAGCGCUCGAAGCGUGUUCGCGUCCCGGCCGCAGCCGGGAAUGGAGGCCUGCACGAUCACAGCUGCCGAGGACCUUGUGGGCGACCAGAUUGUCCCUGGCGGCGGCCGCUGGGGCGCUCCUCACGCCACUGGAUUACUCGACUCCUGGUUUCAGAUGCAGACAUCUGAACUCGAGUCGCUUCUGUGCAAGCAAGGGGGCGCCGCACUCGCGCCCGGCCACAUGGACCUCUUCGAUGGGGGGACUUCUUCGCGCGAUGAUGCCUUCCUCCGCCCCGCCUUGUGGGAGGACAUCGCCUCCUCUAUCAGGAACAUCGAUCCUGAAAAUGCGAAUAUGCUCGCUCCACUUGGAGCUACUCACGUUAAACUCGAAACAGAAGAUGCAUUACUCGAAGAAUGCGCCACUCCACUCCUUAGUCCAUUGGAAAUCAAGACGGAGAGACUGGGCGCACCUUCGACGUAUGCCCACCCUCAGCCGGCGCAGCAUCAGCUCCAGCAGCAGCCGGCGUCGUCAUUCUCAAAAUACCCACCUUCGAGACUCGUUUAUAUGUCUCCUUUGACGCCACCCGGUUCCGAUCAGGGCAGUCCAGGCAAUUCCAUGCAGUGUGGGCCGCGCCGCACGCCGCCGCCGCCGUACCACCCGCCGCCGCUGCUGCGGGCGCCGCUCGUUCAGCAUCAGCCGCCACAUCAACAUCAUCCACCGCCAAUGCCCCAAAUGCAAAUGGCGCCACAGCCCCCACCGCCCCCUCCGAUGGGGCACGUGCCCAUGCCUCAUUCAAGACUGGCCCCACCAUCAUCCAUGAAAUACAAUAGAAGAAACAACCCAGAGUUAGAAAAAAGAAGAGUUCACCAUUGCGAUUUCCUCGGCUGCACGAAGGUGUAUACAAAAAGUUCACACCUGAAAGCACACCAAAGGAUUCAUACAGGAGAAAAGCCUUAUACUUGCCAAUGGCCCGAGUGCGAAUGGAGGUUCGCGCGAUCGGACGAGUUGACGCGCCACUACCGCAAGCACACCGGGGCGAAGCCCUUCAAAUGUGCCGUGUGCGAGCGCUCCUUCGCCAGGUCUGACCACCUCGCGCUGCACAUGAAGAGGCACUUGCCUAAAACCUCUAAAUGACACGCGAGACGAGGCGUAGACCAAACGCCUGCGCCUCAAAUCUCUCAGGAGGAAUGUAGUGAAAAUAUAUUUCUAGAAUGUGACCUGGAUUCUAGCCUGAUGGACACGUUCUACGGUGUGCCGUGACUGUCGGUCAGGUCGUUUUGACGGAGACAGUGGCACCGUGAGGCUGGGAGAUCAGAUACCGAUCGGUAAAGCGGCUACAUGAUAGCACUUCUGUGUUUCAAUAGGUACCUACCUUAUAAGAAAGAUUACUGAUUUUAAGUCAUUUCACUGUAUUUAAAGAACCAUGAAUUCGUAUCACAUGUGCCCUGUAGGGCAUAAACAAAUUAUUAUAUAUCAUUAAAAGGCCCAAUAGGUACGAUCAUUACCAAGGAAAUCGCUUUACAUAUCUACAUACCUAAUUAUAUUGUAAAUUGUUAGAGCUAUUGAAGUCAUCUGUAAAACAACUUAUUUUACGUUAUAGAUAAGUACUUAAUAGAUAUUUAUGUAUUGAAAAAAUGACAAUCGUGUGAACGGUGUGUAGCGAUCGUAACUCAUUGUCAAAUAUAAUGAAUCACAUUUUACAUAGAAAACUACUGAGUUUCAUUUCUACCAGUUGACAAUUGACUUUAAUCCUUAGCUCAAAUUAACAAUAUUAUCCUAUUAAAGUUUACUUUUUUGUUUAAAAACACAUUGAACAUAAACAAUAAAUAAUAUGAGUAUCAACAGCAUAUUGCCUCUAACUUAAAUAAAAACAUAUUAAAUUUGAAAUACUUGUAAGUAUUAGUAAAGUAACACGUGCUCACUGAAACAAUAAGGCGACGAUCGCUACGAAUCGUUAUUUUUUAGUAUUCUUUAGAUAUGGUUAAUUUAUUGAGUUAAUUAAGAAUAACAUUGAAUAUCCAAGAUAUUAUCAAUAUCGAUAAGUAAUAGUAAUAGUUACAUAAUUGUUAUCAACUAGCGUGUAGUCAUUUCAAUUGUACGAAAGCGACUUCGAAUUUCGCUAUCUGACAUAAUUCAUAAAACUAUUUUAUUUUAAUUAUAUCUAAUAAACAGUUUAUUACAUAACUAUUUAUAGAAAUAUCGUUGGUACAAUUGUAGCAAACUAAUGCUGGUUCCUAUGCAUAUUUUAAUCACAUUUUAACUAAAACAAAAACGAAAAUAAACCCUGUCAGGUGGUCAAAUUCGGAGUGGCUAAUAAAAACUUUCUAGUCUCGAUAUUAUGCAGAUUUUUAUAUUCAUUCAGAAAAUAUAAUUAUUCAUAUUGUAAUAGUUACGUAUCUCAAAUUAAUGAUAAUGAAAUACCCAUUCUUGAUACUGUCAUUCGAUUUCCACAAAGACUUUACGCUUAUACUUCACGCACAUUUAAAAUUUAAUAAAUACUUCUCCUUAAGUGUUUUAAUAUUUAACAUUAAAGCUAAGUAUUUUAGUAAAUAACAGACAGCCUUAUUGCGUCCGUCCAACAAAUCCAGUGUCUUUGCAAAUGCCUACUUUUUAGACUUAAUAAUAUGUACUUAUCAUUAUACGUAUACAACAACAGCUAAAGCGACACGUUAUUUAUAAGAUUAACGGUUAGAUUUGAUGGAUUAACUCUAUAAAAAAGCUGCUGAUUAUUCUAAUGCGAACUACAUGGGUGACGUAAAAAUCAUAACUACGUUCGUACCAUAUUACUUUAGAUAAUUGAAGGAUAUAAUUUUCAAUUAAUAAAAGGUUUAACUUGUAAACUUAUUUUGUGCCGGUCACUCACAUGAGCGAAUGCGCAAAUUGUACGCGAAAGGAGUGCGGAAAGAUUGUUUUUGCAUUUCUUUGUCUAUCUGUCUUACAAGAGCGUAAAAAUUCGUACAUUGCGCGUAUAUUUGCACGCAUGUGUGCCCGGGUUAGCCUUAAAGUAUAAAAUAUUACAAUAAUUUACUGAAAAUUAAAAAAGCCAAGUGCACGUUUAAGAAAAAAUCAACGUGCAUAUAUAAAUUGUAGGUAGGUAUUUACAGUUUUGUUAUUAAGCUUAUGGUCUUAUGAAUACAUUCAGUAAGAAGAAUACAUAUUAUAAUGUUUUGGUUUAUUAUCUUUGCACGAAACACCACAAUCUGACUGAAACUAUUAUUAUCGAUCUUUUGUCUUGCCAAUCUCUCUUGCAUUUAGUAUAUAUAAUGAUUAAUAUAAAUUCGGAAUAUCUUACUUAUAGAUUUAUUAAGUAAGCCUAGUUUUUGACAUUCUAUGCCAUAAAAUGCUACGUUAUUGAUUUAAAAGUAAUCGGUAGGAGUUUGGUAAGCUAAACACAAAAUUUUAAUAGAAAAUACUAUGUAGUAUAAUUAAAAUAAGAUUUUUAUCAACUUGCUCUUUUCUUCUCUCUAUAACAAUGUUUUUAUUUGUGCACGACCUAUAUGCAAAUACCUACUUCACUAUGCAAUAUAAUUUGAAAUUUCUUAUGCCACGUUUUUAAGUUUUUAACCCAUUGAUGUAUGAGGAAAAACAAUACUGUAAGAUAUGAAUUGAAACUUCAUUCCAAAAAUUAAUAUUAAAACAAAUGGGUUUAUAUCGUCAUUACACAAAAGGUACAACCGCCGCUUUGUUAGCGAAAUAUCUGGAAGGUAUUUAAAAUCAACAAUACAAGUAUUCAAAUUUGUAGAUAUAACAAAUCUAUGGGUGGAAAACAAGUUUAAAAUAAUACGGUAUGUAAUAAAAUAUACCUAUUUAUCAAGUCCAACAUGUUUGCCAUAAUAAUUAUCAGGAGAUGCCAUAUUUGUAAGGAUGUAUAAACGUUUAUAUUCAAAUAAAUACAGAUAAAGAAAUAAUAUAGAGGCAGACCGCAGAGCUCAAAUCGAAACAGUUUAACUUUUAAUGUGCUGUGAAUUUAUAGGUGUUUCUUAUAUAACACAAAGCAAAACAGUUUUUAAUACACUUCAUAAUUUUUCAGAGCUGAUAUUUCGUUUAAAGGAUCAACUAAUGAAGAGCAUAUUUCACAAUAGCAUUUUGAAUAACAAACUAAAUUUGACAAGUAAUAGUCUGGUUUCUAUAUUAAAUAUAUUGUUUGUAUUUAUGCGAUUAUAAAACGUGUUUUUGUUUUCAUUGUAAACGUAUGUAGAUGUAGGAGUUUAUCGUUUUGUAUAAAUCGGAUGUACCUCAAUUUUGUUAGACUCGUAAUUUUCGAGUUUGUAAUAUUUUCGUACCUUAAUAUUUUUUGUUUCAAAAAUUUUUUUAAUAGACAAAUAAGAAUUAUAUUUUUUAUGUUUAGAUAAUUAUAUUUUAAGUAACAUAGUUUUGUAUGUUGACUAAGUCACAAAAUAAUUUAUUACCAAUGACAAGUUUUUAAAUUCUUUUUAUAUAUUUUGUGUAGUUAAUGUAAGAGUUGAAUAUAUUGAUAAUAUUAUAUGCGUGUACUUAAUAUAAUAGUGUUCAUAAGAUGGAGUCGGUCGAUGUGUAUUUCUCGUUUGUUCUUUGAUUUGAAUUCAUUUAAAAAGCCUUAAUGCGCCAUUUACAGUAUAAUUUG